AUGAAGGAACAUAAUAUUUCUAUGGAAAACUGUGUUGCUGAUUCCUUUGACGGAGCUGCGAAUAUGAGUGGUCAGUAUCAGGGUGUCUCGGCUCAUUUGAAAUCAGCGAAUCCGCUUCAUAUUCACACUUGGUGCCAAGCUCACGUUCUCAAUUUAGUCAUGACGGAGAGUACAUCGUGCACAGUACCAGCGAUUUCACUUUUUGGACUUUUACAAGAAACCUGCAAUUUCUUUCGCGAAUCAUAUAAGAGAAUGCUAGUUUUUGAAGGCGAAGAUGGCAAUGAUGAAACAAGUGACGCAGCCGAGGAGUCAGAAUCUGAAACGUCAAAUUCUAAAACGUCGAAAUCUAAGAAGUCAAAAUCUAAAAAGUCAAAAUCUCGUAAAUUGAAAGAUAUUGGGAAGACACGAUGGAGUUCCAAAAGUGAUGCUUUAACAACAGUAUUUGGAUAUUACCAUCAGUGGGAUGGUACUGAUGGUACCAAAGAAGAAACAAUGAUGUACCUAUCAAUUUUCAGCAUAACAUCUCCAGUUUCGAAAUAUUUGCAAACUGCUAAUUUAGAUUAUGUGCAAGCCUGGAGACAAGUGGAUGCAGCCAUAAAGGAACUGAAAAAGCGUCAACGUAUGUUCUCUACUGUUUAUGAAGUUGCAGAAACGUUUGUAACUGAAAAUCAAAAAAUGUUGGAUGACAAGAAUAUCGAUUUGGUGUUUGAAGACGAAUUACCAGAAAAAAGAAAUUCCGAUUUGCAGCCAAAAAAAUAUUUUGAAGUUAAUGUAUACAAUACAACUUUUAAUACAGCCAUCAACAGCAUUACUGAGCGAUUUCUGCCCAAUAAACAACUAUAUGGAGACUUGGAAUGUUUCGAUCCAAAACGUUUUGAGCAGAUUGCGAAGGAAGGUCUUCCAGAAGGUGCCUUGAAGAGAAUUUGUGAGCUGGUUCCAUCGUUGGACGAAGAAAAAUUGAAGGAGGAACUACAAUCAUUUGUAAAAUUGUAUCCAAAAAUUUCUAGUUCCUCAUGGAGUGACAUUUACAAAAAGGUGAAUGAGUCUGAUUCUGACUCAACUGAUAUAGAUGAGGAUGACACCGAAAAUUGCACGAUAGCAUUCGAAAAUUUAUAUGUUGCAUAUAAAUAUUUACUCACAUUACCUAUGACGCAGGUAAUGUGUGAAAGAGUAUUUUCGAAAUUGAAGCUGAUCAAAACAAAAACUAGAAAUACUCUUUCUAAUGAGACAUUAGAAACCCUUCUUCUAAUGUAUGUGGAAAGGGAAAUAUUGUUGCAAGUUGAUUCGGAAGAAGUAAUCGAAAAAUUAUGCCUACGAAGUGAUGAAUUUGCUAAAAUUCUAAAACUGUAA